AUGUCUUCUCCAAGUGAAUCAAAGACCAAAGACGUGUUGAAGCAAGAAGAUACCUCGAGCCAAGACAGAGCUCCAUCUCCUUCGCGUCAAGACAUCAAGCAGAACAUACCUUCCAUCAGACAGCCGGAAGAAACUAAAGCAUCUGGUGACGGCGCAAAAGAAUCAAACGCGUCCUCGACCAAUGCGCCGCUUGCACCUCCACCCGUUCCUAACAAGGCCUCUAACGGAGACAACGACUAUUUCAGCGCCGCUCACAGCGCCCACCUGACCAAAGAACCCAACCCUUUCGAAAGCGCCUUUGGAGGUACCGCCGAGACACCUGGCAAGCCUCAACUUCCCGGAGUCAACAGUUUGACGUCGCCUGCUCCGCUCCACCCCGGCACCACUCCAGGUUGGCCCGGCUCUCUUCGUUCAGGACCUCUUAGCCCUGCAAUGCUAACCGGCCCCGCGGGGUCGUCCAACGACUACUUCAGCAACGACCAUCACUUUGGCGGCAGUUUCCCAACCCCUAACGAGUCCUCCCUCAGGACUGGUCUGACUCCUGGCGGUGGUGGGUCUAUGUUCCCCCAACCCAGUCCCAACUCGCAAGCCAUUUUCAACGCCAUUCAGAGUGGAGGCGCCACUCCUGGUACUCUAGACUUCCACCGUACUGCCAUGCAUGCACGCGCUUCCCAGACCAACGUCAACGGAAACUUCAGCAUGCCUCAGCCACCUACGUCCGCCGCUGCUGACCCCAACAUUCAACCCAACCUCGACAGCAAGGGCUUCGGUCAGCAGCAACAGAACGAUACCUUUGAGCAGCACGACGCCAACGAUGCAGCCAACGGUCUCUUCAUGCUUGCACAAGCCAGGGGCAACAACCGUAAUCAACCCCAGCAAUACCCGCCACCCCAGUCACAGCCUCAGAUGAACUACAUGGGCAACCCUCCACACCUUCCUGGCGGACUUGGCCAACAAGGACACGACGGUCAGGGCAACAUGGCCGCCCGCGCCAACAAGAACUCUAUCGCAAGUAAUCUUUCAGGGUCAACGCAGAACGAGCACGGCAACUUCUCUGAUAGCGACGGCGAAGAUGUUAAGCCCACCAGAGGCAAGGGAAAGAAGAACAACAACACCAAGAACGCCAACAAUGGUAGACGCAAGGCCGAGGACCAACCUAAGGGGUCCAACAAGCGCCAGAAGACUAGCAUGCCGUCUAUGGAUGAGGAAGACUCGGACAUGGACGACAUGGACAUGGAGAGAGGACCCGACAACAAGAAGAUGACUGAUGAAGAGAAACGCAAGAACUUCCUCGAAAGGAACAGAAUUGCCGCACUCAAGUGUCGUCAGCGCAAGAAGCAGUGGCUGGCCAACCUUCAGCAGAAGGUCGAGAUUUUCAGUACUGAGAACGACGCGCUGGCCGCUACCGUCACUCAACUGCGUGAGGAGAUAGUAGGACUCAAGACUCUGCUUCUCGCUCACAAGGAUUGUCCUGUCUCGCAAGCACAGGGCAUUAGUGGCAUGGCUAUGCAGAACAUUGCUGGCGAGCCCCAUCAAUUCAGCAACCCCUAUGGCAUGCAGAUGUCGCACAUGCAGCAGGGAGUGCCAUCGCAGGCCAACAUGCAAAGACGGUGA